GCUGCUGCUACUGAAGAACAUGAUGUCAGUCCGAGCUCUGUGUCCCUUCACCGUUACAAUGUUCAGUCGGAGCGCAGGUGUCUCCUCCUUCUCCUCCCCCUCCUCCUCCUCCUCCUCCUGAGCAGUGCGACACGCUGCUCUGAGCGUUUUUGUCUCAACGGAAGUACAAUGUCUUUUUCCACCGGUUAACUGCGGCUGAACCCGGGACACAUGACAUGAAGGAGUCCAAACAGCAGGUACCAUGAGACGGAGUGUGACUGUCGCUGUGAGUCGGUCAGUGUUGGUGCUGUAGCCCGUGUGUGUGUGUGUGUGUCUCUGCUGCCUCCUCAUGUCGCCUGCGUUCAACACGUUGCCCGCUGAGAGCGAGGCUGAUGCCGCCGCUGCUGCUGGCACAGGUCACCCGUGCAUCUCAUCCAUAAUUCAGGAUGACGCCUCUUAGUCAACCCUGCUCGUUCCCUCGGCCCGUCUCCAGAGUUCAGACACCUCGUCAGCAGACCGUGUGCUCCUGAGCGUUCACUGCGACCCUCCCUGUUUGGCUGCCUGGCCGACAUCCUGGGGAGGUGAUGCGACGUUUCGUCUACUGCAAAGUGGUGUUAACCACCUCUCUCGUGUGGGUGCUGGUGGACGUGUUCUUGCUGCUCUACUUCAGCGAGUGUAACAAAUGUGACGACAGGAAAGACCGCCUGCUACUACCGGCUCUUCGAGCGGUGAUAUCUCGGAGCCACGAGGGUCCAGGGGAGAUGGGCAAGGCGGUGAACAUCCCCAAGGAUGACCAGGAGAAGAUGAAGGAGCUCUUUAAGAUUAACCAGUUUAACUUGAUGGCCAGUGACAUGAUUGCUCUCAACAGGAGUCUUCCAGAUGUGAGGCUGGAUGGCUGUAAGACCAAGGUGCACCCGGACGAUCUGCCCAACACCAGCAUUGUCAUUGUGUUUCACAAUGAGGCGUGGAGCACCCUGCUGCGGACUGUUCACAGCGUCAUCAGCCGCUCUCCCAGACACUUGCUCGUGGAGGUUGUGUUAGUCGACGAUGCCAGCGAGCGAGACUUCCUGAAGAAGAAGCUGGAGAACUAUGUGCAGACUCUGGAGGUUCCAGUGAGGAUCCUGAGAAUGGAGCAGCGUUCAGGUCUCAUCAGAGCCAGGUUGAGGGGGGCAGCUGCCACCAAAGGUCAGGUCAUCACCUUCCUGGACGCUCACUGCGAGUGUACUGUGGGCUGGCUCGAGCCCCUGCUGGCCCGUAUCAAAGAGGACAGGACAGCAGUGGUGUGCCCCAUCAUAGAUGUCAUCAGUGAUGAGACGUUUGAGUAUAUGGCAGGAUCAGAUAUGACAUAUGGUGGAUUCAACUGGAAGUUGAAUUUCCGUUGGUACCCUGUUCCACAGCGGGAGAUGGAUCGGCGCAAAGGGGACAGAACUCUCCCUGUCAGGACUCCCACCAUGGCAGGAGGUUUGUUCUCUAUAGACAAAACAUACUUUGAAGAAAUCGGAAGCUAUGAUCCCGGGAUGGAUAUCUGGGGUGGAGAGAACCUGGAAAUGUCUUUUAGAAUAUGGCAGUGUGGUGGUUCUUUGGAAAUUGUUACCUGCUCCCACGUGGGCCACGUUUUCCGGAAGGCCACACCAUACAGCUUCCCUGGAGGAACGGGCCAGGUCAUCAACAAGAACAACAGGCGCCUGGCUGAAGUCUGGAUGGACGAUUUUAAAGAUUUCUUCUAUAUCAUAUCACCAGGAGUGAUGCGGGUAGACUAUGGAGACGUCUCGUCUCGUAAAGCCCUACGUGAGGCCUUGAAGUGCAAACCAUUCUCCUGGUAUUUGGAGAAUAUUUACCCAGACUCACAGAUCCCAAGAAGAUACUACUCCCUUGGUGAAAUCAGAAAUGUUGAGACUAACCAGUGUGUGGACAACAUGGGGAGGAAGGAGAACGAGAGAGUUGGUUUUUUCAACUGUCAUGGUAUGGGCGGAAACCAGGUUUUCUCGUACACGGCGGACAAAGAAAUUAGGACGGAUGACCUCUGUCUGGACGUCUCCCGCAUCAACGGGCCUGUCGUCAUGCUCAAGUGUCACCACAUGAAGGGAAAUCAGAUGUUUGAGUACGACGCUGAGCGACUAACCCUGCUCCACGUGAACAGCAACCAGUGCUUGGAUAUGCCGUCUGAGGAGGACAAGAUGGUCCCCACCCUGAGAGACUGCAACGGCAGCCGCUCUCAGCAGUGGCUGCUGCGAAACAUGACCCUCAAUGUCUAAUCGCCGCACCUCUACCCGACCCGACCAUUCUAUCCCGCUCUGUCUCACCAGUCCUGGCUCUCCUCACCCACACCAGGUGGCUCUUACCAUCGUGUUCCUUUUCCUGUUACAACCUGGUGAGUCAAUAUGAAAGACUCAGGCAGCAGCAGCAGCAGCAGCAGCAUCAUCAUCAGCAGCAGCAGCAGCAGCUUAUCUUUUUAUGGAGGUGUCUCUUCUCACAGCUCACCACAGAUUGGAGAGCAGCUGCACCUGACAUUGUGGCGUCAUGAUAGGCUAUAACGUCUCUUGUCAUAUCCAAGCAGACCGGGGGAGAACGAUGUGUGAGGUCUGCACAUGGACAACAUUGAUAUCCUUCUUAGCUGUUCGCUGUGUGUCAACGGCGCUGCUGAGACUGCCUAUCAGCAGCUGGACAAGCGAUCAAACAGAAGAGCAUUUGUAACGAGAACGAUGCUGCAAAGCAGGUGUCUGCCAUGGUGUGCAGUGUGCAUCGGUGUAUACUGUAGCUACAAUCAUAGAAUGAGACUGUUGUUACAGCUGCUGCCCAUCUUCUUUCAUGUCAGUGUCUGAGGCCCCACUUUACACAUGGCAUUAGAAUGCAUUUUCUGCUAUCAGAUCAUGGUCAAGGGUGGUCAUCCACCCUUACAUCACUCUUCUUCAAAGGUUUCCAGCAGCAGACUACAGCGUCACGUCCUGUGCACUCCUGUAUCAACAACAACAAUGGCAGCAUGUGAGUCACACUAUUGUAUGGCCUUCUCUGCUUUUCAAAGCAGGGGAAGAAGUCGUCUUCAAAGAGCAGAAAACCAACGCUGUCAUGUAUUUCUGCUCACGUAGUUGUUGUGGGUGGAGUGGAGACGCACUGGAGAUGCAUCGCAUUUACACUUCUGUUCUAUGUGGUCACAAAUGCGUCUCCGACCACCUCCCGAAGUGGUUCGGCAGAUCAGGUGACAAUCUGUCCUCGGGUGUAUUUCCACCUGUACGUACAAGUGGUCAGGCACUAUCCAGUUGCAAUCACAAUAAAACACAUUUUAAUGCCAGGUUUAAAGGGGGCCUGAGUUACGCUGAAACGUGACAAAUGGCAUGUUUCCACUAGCGCGAUGUGGCACGGUUAUUUUGCUUUUCCCCUUGCGGUAGUAACUGGUAAACAAUGGUUACACUGAAAACUAUUGCUUUACAAGUCACUAGUUUGUGUGUGGCGCCUAUAAAACAAAGUCACGGCAGUUUCAUGCAGCCGUGCUGUGAUGACUCCGCCCACGUUGAGGAGGAACUAUAUUGUAAUGGAAAACCAACCAAACCUUGUAGAGUCGAGCUGAGGCGGUGCUAUGUGGUGGAAAAACACCAAAAAUGAUGUUUCUAGAGCUCGACUGAGAGCGCUUUUUCCCCCUCUCAGUGUAAGAGAACUAUAAAUCACAAAAAUUAAGCCAUUGUGCAGAAUUUUCAUUUUCCAAAGGAAGAUUUUUUUUGAAAUUGUGACUAAGCUUCAAGCCACUGGGUGGGCCUUUUUACCAUGGCAACAGUUGACUGAUAUUUGGGGGUUGGUGUUGCAAGGAGACCUACUUAACUUUCAUGGGUCUUACUAAUGAAGAAAGUCUGUCUAAACUACUACCCUAUUCUCUGUUACUGCAGCAUUAGCUCUCAACAUCAUUAAAUGUACAAGUUCAUGGACUUUACCAGGAUCAAUCAGACUCUGGUUUGAAUGACACCACCGGAGGAAGAGGUUAUCCGGCAUAUUUUGGCUUAAUUAUUUCUACAGUGCUACGAUGUAGCGACUACAAAGAUGCAUCGUCCAUCAAGUUGCAUAUCGUUCAAAUGUUCGCGACUGGAUAACAUGAAUUGUUCACGUGCAGUGCCUUUUGCCUGUACAAAUGCAUUAUUAUCACUGGGGACAGUUUGUCAUGUGCAUGCACAAAAGAGUGCGGGGUGCAUAGACGUCGAUAAAAAAAUAUUGCAAGUGCUUUUGCUGUGUUUUUUUUGAUACUCGGGUCAAAAGAAGUAAGUCCAACUCGUCUUUGUCGACUCUGAAAUAAACUCGUAACACAG